AUUAAUAUUCCCUUCCCCUGAACUAUGACUUUUGCUCGCUACCUCCUUGCUGCCGCUGGUCUGGCAGCUGUUGCGUCCGCCGCAUACAACCCUACCUGCUCCAACAACAUCGUCACCUACUGGGGACAGAACAGCUGGGGUGGAGGUCACCUCAACGAUCCCGCCAACUGGGAGAAGGACCUUGCCGCUUAUUGCCAGGAUGACACUUUCGACAUCAUCAACCUGUCGUUUGUGACCAACUACAACCUGACUGGUCUGCCUAUUCUGAACCACGCCAACCACUGCGAGACCCCCUUCCCGAACACCAAGACCAUGCACUGCCCUGCCAUUGGUGCCGAUAUCAAGACUUGCCAGGCCAAGGGCAAGAAGAUCGUGCUGUCGCUGGGCGGCGGUGGUAUCUACUCCUACUCUCUCAGCACUGCUGCUGAGGGAAAGCAGUUCGCCGAUACUGUCUGGAACAUGUUCCUCGGCGGAUCGCACCAGUACCGUCCUUACGAUGACGCUGUCCUGGAUGGUGUUGACCUCGACAUUGAGUCUGGUGCCCAUGAUGGCUAUGUUGCCUUCGUCAACCAGCUGCGCACCUACUUCAACGGUGCAUCGAAGAAGUACAUCAUCUCUGCUGCUCCGCAGUGCGUCUUCCCUGAUGCUAACCUUGGCACCACCUUGAGCGGUGCCUGGAUCGAUAACGACUACGUCCAAUUCUACAACAACCCAUGCAACCUGGCCAACAUCAACAACCAGUGGAACUUUGACUACAAGAGCUGGGACACUCUGACCAAGGCCAACCCGAACCCGAACUCCAAGAUGUACGUUGGUCUGCCUGCUGGAUCAGGCGCUGCUGGUAAUGGCUACUUGGAUCUGAACACGCUGCAGGCUGAUCUGAAGCAGCUGUACACCAACUACACUUCGACGUUUGGUGGCAUCAUGCUGUGGGACGCGUCGUGGUACUCGAACAACCAGGCGUAUGUCUCCAGCCUUGUUAGCUGGGUCCGUGCCAACAUGAAGUGCGGCUCUACUCCUCCGACCAGCACCACCACCUCAGUUGGCCCUACCUCCACGACCUCGGCUAUCCCCACCAGCACCACCAAGACCUCGGUGGGCCCGACCUCGACCACCUCAACUAUCCCGACCUCGAGUGCGCCGAUCACCACCACCACCGCCACUCCUACCAGUUCGUCGGCUGCCCCGACCUCGACAACCUCGGCUUCGGGAACCGGCCCUGUUGCUGGCGGCCCUUGCUCGUCUCAGAACACGUUCCAGUGUGCUGACAGCACUGGAAAGAACUCAGCGUACUUUAUCUGCAACAACGGCGCCUGGCUCCAGCAGGCGUGCGGCUCUGGAACCGCCUGCUUCCAGUCGGGUUCAUCCAUCUACUGCAACUGGCCAUCGGCUUAA